GCGCGGGCGGGCGGGCCGGCAGGCCGGCAGGGGAUGCCGCUCGGGGCGCCGCGGUCCUCGUGCCAGUGAGGGCCUCGCGCCGCCGCAGCCAUGACGGUGGAGUUCGAGGAGUGCAUCAAGGACUCGCCGCGCUUCAGGGCAACUAUCGACGAGGUGGAAACGGACGUGGUUGAGAUCGAGGCCAAACUGGACAAGCUGGUGAAGCUGUGCAGCGGCGUGAUCGAGGCUGGCAAGGCCUACGUCACCACCAACAGGCUCUUCGUGAGUGGCGUCCGCGACCUGUCCCAGCAGUGCCAGGGCGACACCGUCAUCUCGGAAUGUCUGCAGAGGUUCGGAGACAGUCUGCAGGAGAUGGUCACCUACCACAUGAUCCUGUUUGACCAGGCCCAGAGGUCUGUGCGGCAACAGCUCCACAACUUCGUCAAAGAAGAUGUGCGGAAGUUUAAGGAGACGAAGAAGCAGUUCGACAAAGUUCGGGAGGACAUGGAGCUGUCCCUGGUGAGGAAUGCCCAGGCCCCAAGGCACCGGCCCCACGAGGUGGAGGAGGCCACGGGUGCCCUGAUCCUUGCCCGAAAGUGCUUCCGCCACCUAGCACUGGACUACGUGCUCCAGAUCAACGUUCUCCAGGCCAAGAAGAAGUUUGAGAUUUUGGAUUCUAUGCUGUCCUUCAUGCACGCCCAGUACAGCUUCUUCCAGCAGGGCUACAGCCUGCUGCACCAGCUGGACCCAUACAUGAAAAAGCUGGCGGCUGAGCUGGACCAGCUGGUGAUCGACUCGGCAGUGGAAAAGCGGGAGAUGGAGCGCAAGCACGCCGCCAUCCAGCAGCGGACACUGCUGCAGGUGAGUGGGCGCCCACCCUGGGGGGAGGGGGCCCCCGGUGGGCAGGGCCUCUGCCCUUCCCGCCCCGCGGCGUUUCAGCACCAAGGACACCUCCACGGCCCCGGAGCGCGGCCCGCUCCAGCGGAGGUGGCUGAGCUGGGACCGCGUCCCCUGCGGGAGCAGCUGCAGCUGUCCCUCCCCGCCCCCACUCAGCCAGGGGAGCAGGUGGCUGGGCCCCCUCUCCCACCGCCGGACACCCAGGACAACGCUCAGUGUCUCCCCAGCCCGCGUGAAUGGAGCUCUGUCAGGCGGGUCGGACAGCCCAGCUGGCGACAUGAAUGGGCAGCUUCCUUCCUGACCCCAGAGCCUGCUGCUCUGCCAGGCUGGGGGGUGGGGGCUGGAGCUCUCCGGGCCCCCAGCUGUGACGGGAGGCAUCUGCCCCCACGGGGUUUCGGGUCAGGAAGCGGCUGUGAAGACCCCCCCUCCACCUUGCCUCUGGGGCAGCCCGAGAGGGCGGCGGGGUCCCCGCAGCCGCGGGUGGGUGCUCACUGGGGGCCGGGCUCCGACCGCCCCCAGGACUUUUCCUACGAUGAGCCCAAGGUGGAGUUUGACGUGGAUGCUCCCAGUGGUGUGGUGAUGGAGGGCUACCUCUUCAAGAGGGCCAGCAACGCCUUCAAGACGUGGAACCGGCGCUGGUUCUCCAUCCAGAACAGCCAGCUGGUCUACCAGAAGAAGCUCAAGGAUGUGCUGACCGUGGUGGUGGACGACCUCCGGCUCUGCUCCGUGAAGCCCUGUGAGGACAUCGAGCGGAGGUUCUGCUUUGAGGUCGUGUCGCCCACCAAGAGCUGCAUGCUGCAGGCCGACUCGGAGAAGCUACGGCAGGCGUGGGUUCAGGCUGUGCAAGCCAGCAUCGCAUCCGCCUACCGGGAGAGCCCCGACAGCUGCUACAGCGAGAGGCUGGACCGCACGGCGUCCCCGUCCACAAGCAGUAUCGACUCUGCCACGGAUGCUCGGGAACGCAGCGUCAAGGGCGAGAGUGUGCUGCAGCGCAUGCAGCACGUGGCUGGGAACAGCCAGUGCGGCGACUGCGGGCGGCCGGACCCGCGCUGGGCCAGCAUCAACCUGGGCGUGCUGCUCUGCAUCGAGUGCUCGGGCAUCCACAGGAGCCUGGGCGUCCACUGUUCCAAGGUGCGGUCCCUGACCCUGGACUCGUGGGAGCCGGAGCUGCUGAAGCUGAUGUGUGAGCUGGGAAACAGCACCAUGAACCGGAUCUACGAGGCCCAGUGCGAGGGGCCGGGCGGCAGGAAGCCCACAGCCAGCAGCCCCAGGCAGGACAAGGAGGCUUGGAUCAAGGACAAAUACGUGGAAAAGAAGUUUGUGCGGAGGCCGCCCUCGGCACCGGCCCGGGAGGCCCCGCGGCGCUGGCGGGCGCAGAAGUGCCAGCGCCACCACAGCUCCCCCCGUGCCCGCACCACCCGCCGCAGCAAAAUCCGGAUGGAGCCCGUCCCGCCCUCUGUGGCUGCUCUGUGCUCAGGCCCCACAGAGCCCAGGUUCCGCAGGGACUCCCUGUUCUGCCCGGAUGAGCUGGACUCCCUCUUCUCCUACUUCGACGCGGGGGCUGCUGCAGCCGGUCCACGCAGUCUGAGCAGCGACAGUGGCUUAGGGGGCAGCUCCGACGGCAGCUCGGAUGUCCUGGCCUUCGGCGUGGGCUCCGUGGUGGACCGCGUCACUGAGGAGGAGGGUGCCGAGUCGGAGGAGUCCAGCGGCGAGGCGGAUGGAGAGGCGGAGGCCUGGGGCCUGGCGGACGUGCGCGAGCUGCACCCCGGGCUACUGGCGCACCGCGCGGCGCGCACUCGAGACCUCCCCGCACUGGCCUCGGCUCUGGCACAAGGGGCUGAGGUCAACUGGGCUGACGCGGAGGACGAGGGCAAGACGCCGCUGGUGCAGGCCGUGCUGGGGGGCUCCUUGAUCAUCUGUGAAUUCCUCUUGCAAAAUGGAGCAGACGUGAACCAAAGAGACAGCCGGGGCCGGGCGCCCCUGCACCAUGCCACGCUCCUGGGCCGCACGGGCCAGGUCUGCCUGUUCUUGAAGCGGGGGGCGGACCAGCAUGCCUUGGACCACACGCAGCAGGACCCACUGAGCAUCGCGGUGCAGGAGGCGAAUGCAGACAUCGUCACGCUUCUCCGUCUGGCGCGCAUGGCCGAGGAGAUGCGUGAGGCCGAGGCGCCCCCCGGCCAGCCGGGCCCCCUGGCUGGCAGCAGCCCCACCGAGCUCCAGUACCGCAGGUGCAUCCAGGAGUUCAUCAGCCUCCACCUGGAUGAGAGCUAGGGCGGCCGGGCCUUGGCGGGACCCCCACCAGCCCAUUUGCUGAGAGCCCUGGAGCUCCUGGAGCCCUGCUGCCUGCUCCGCCCCACUCGGAGCUGCCCUGACCCCCAAGGCCCGGAGCAGGACCCCAGCACUGAGUCUUCUGAAGCUCCAUGUCUCCCCCGGGAGGUGCUGCAUCACCGCACCCAGGGACCCUGUGUCUUCGGGUGACCCCUCCCUAGGGGGCCUGGGUUGCUCGUGUCACAAACCACUCUCAAGGCCCCACGUCACCUCGUGCCCCUCUCUGCUCCCCCAGGCCCAUGUCACCUCAUGCCCCUCUAUCCCUGGGGCCCAUGCCGCUUGGUGCCCCCCUUUGCCCUCAGGGCCUGUGUCACCUUGUGCCCCCACUUUACUGCCCAAGAACACUGACCUGCUAGUGGGGGCCCUCCCACACCCCCUGAACCCCUCCACUAGGCCCUGGGGCUGGUGGCUGGCCACCAGCACGUGGCGAGGGCACAAGGGGCCGCCCAUCCAGGGAAUCAACCCGCGUACCUCACUUAGUGACCCCAGCAUCCAGGCUGGGCUUCUUGGGUGCUUGGGGGGCUCUGGCCUGGGGCCUCAGCCCUGGCUGGGUGCGGAUGUCCCGAGGCCGAGGCCGUGUGGCUGGCCAUGCAAGCCCUCGUGCCCCGCAGCCCCACCCAUCCCCCCCCCUUUUCCCACAGCGGGUGGCAGGGGUGUGGCUCUUCCCACCCCUGCAUCCGACAUCCUUUGUCACGGACUGAGGGGUUUUCUACAAUGACCUCGUUCUCACUUUGUCUCGUGUCUUUUCUCUGGACUCAAGGACCACUUUGACCCCCAGCUCUGCCUGCUGCUAGGGGAGGCGCCUGCAGCUCAGCCCUGCCCCCUCGCCAGCCUUCACCCCCCCACCACCGGCUCGGCCCAUGGGCCCUCGGCUGGCUCCCCAGGGCCCUCUGAUGCCUUCCGCAUUCCCCUUCCCAGAGCCCUGGGGCACCAGCUGGGCCUCUCCCCAGCUCGGGCCCUCGGCCAGGCCAAGGCCACCUGGUUGCUCACUAUGCAAAGACUGCCCAGGGAGGCCCCAUGGGCAGCAAGGUGGGUGCAGACUGGGCCCCCAGCUCCCUCGACUGCUGGCUGUGACCCCUAGAGAGCAGAAUUAACGCCUUCCUCUCUCCCUGCUUGAGCUCUGCCCCCGCCUCCCGCCCCACUGCCUGCAUCAGGGGCUUUGCUGCGGCCUCGGCUGGCUGGCGGGACCCGCCUCCGUUCCAGAUCACAGUUAAUAAACGGCCGCUUGCACCUGCCGCCUCGCCUCGCCCACCUCACUCCGCUGUCUCGGCUGGGGAACGGGGGGUCUCUGUGUCCCCUGCUUUCCCCAAGGGGAGGCCCUGCGUGGGACAGCACCAGUCGUGCCCCCAGAGGGUGUAGUAAGCCAGAGCCCGGUGCUCCCGCCGGCGGCCUGAUAGCAGCCAGGGCUGUUCUGAUUAAAACCAACUCCUGAC